AUGGGGCAGCGGACCAUAGGUGGGACGCUCAAUCACAUGCACUUAGUUAUUCGGGCACCACCAGCCGGAUGUGCAUACAAGUUCAGCUGUAGCACCCUAUCGGUGCCUAACUGCCAAGCCACCCGAAGGUUGCACAAGGGCUGGGAUACUGCCAGGGGAAGUAGAGGCAGAGGUCGGGCUCGAACCAUGGACCUUCCAGGCCACUUGUCGGUGAAACCGGAAGGCACCCUCUGA